AUGGCCUUUACAAAAAGCCCCGUUGUUGUGUCACUCCUGCUGGUGUUCCUAUUGCACGUAGCGCGCUGCACUCACCUUAUCAUAGGUCCCCUGGAAAAGGAUUGCCUUCACUUCCGAGUUGACAAAAAUAACAUCAUUGUUGGGUCGUAUGAAAUAAUAGACAAAAGCGCAUUAUGUUUAGUGUACAUAAUCAACAGAAAUGACAAAAAAAGGGAGAAACUUUUCACGUCCCAAAAUGUACAGGACAAGUUCGAGGUUAAGGUUGCAAAACCUGGCAUCUAUUCCUUGUGCUACGCGAAUCAGAAAAAAACAGAAAUAACAGUAAUGUUCACUUUGAGGGUAAAAGAAAGUCACGACGCUGCUGACGCUGAGUUAGGUACAGCAGAUGAUGUACAAAAAAUAAAUAACCAAGUAUCCCAGUUGUAUGAACAAUUUUUUGAAGUCUAUGAAGAACAAGAAAAAAUGAUGGAGACAGCAGACUUGUAUAAGCAAUUUAACGAAAAAAUGAAUUCGAAAUUAAUUCUGUGGUCACAAGUACAAAUAAUACUUUUAAUUGCGUUAACCAUAAUUCAUAUAUUCUACAUUAAAUCCUUUUUCGACAUAAAAACUAUCGUCUAG